AUGUCCAAUCUUCAUGACAACACACCCGCUCUUACAUCUCUCGACCCAGUCACACCCUCGCCACCCUUACUUCCAGAAGCCAGACCCACCUCCACCCUCCUCACCACCCUCCGCGCCCACCAAACCAUGCUCACAGACCUCUACAUCGCACAAAACAAUGCCUACAUCGCAGCCUACACGGCAUUCGAGACACAAUACGCAGCAGCAACUGGGACUACUUUCAUAGAGAUGCAGGAGGCCAUUGCGAAGCUGUUAGAGCAGCAGAAGGAGGUUAUGUCAUUCCAAACCUUGCUCUGGAGUUUUCAGAUGUUUGUUGCUGGUCUGGAGAGCGGCGAGAAGCAUGAUCUGGACGAGGGGCAAGCGCGUGGACAGGAGGGUUUCGGUAGUGGAGGAGCGAGGGGCUUCGAUGGUAUGUGGCGCUGA